AUGGCAUCCCUCCCCUCAUCAACGCAGCCCGUCCCGGUCCUCCUCCUCAAGACAAGAUCCAGCCCAUCCGACGCAUACGAAGACCUCUUGUCCUCACCUGCCAACACCCCGUCCUUUGCACCAACAUUCGUCCCAGUCCUGCAGCACAAAUUUGAAGAAAAGGGCAUAAAUCGACUCCGCGACCUGCUCCGCCGGAAACGCAUCGGAACCACCCCGGACUGCGACUUUGGCGGCCUGAUCUUUACUUCCCAGAGAGCAGUCGAGGCAUUCUCCCAUGUAGUCCGCGAAGACGAGGCCUCAAAGGACCCCUCGUGGCCUCACCUCCAACACAUUCCCAUCUACAGCGUCGGCCCAGCCACGACCCGCGCCCUCGCCGCCGUCCCGCAGGAUCCCCCCCUCCAGAUCUUCGGCAGCCACACCGGCAACGGCGACGCCCUCGCGCAAUUCAUCCUCGACCACUACGCCCAGUGCAACAACAGCAGCAACAACAACAACCAGAGGCUUCUGCCCCCCCUCCUAUUCCUCGUCGGCGAGCAGCGCAGGGACAUCAUCCCCCGCACCCUAACGGACCCUUCCCUCCCACCGGACCGGCGCAUCCCCGUCACCGAGGAGGUCGUCUACGGAACGGGCGAGAUGCCCUCUUUCCCGGCAGACUUUGCCUCCGUCCUCGACGAGACAACGCGGCGCUCCGCGAGCUCCGAGCGAUGGAUCGUCGUCUUCUCGCCCACGGGGUGCGACAGCAUGCUCCGCGGCCUGGACCUGCUGGAUCCCUCGACGGGCAAGUUCGCGGGGGAGCGGCGGCGGCAGGACGGGACGUUUGUUGCUACGAUCGGGCCUACGACGCGGAAUCAUCUCGUCAACACGUUUGGCUUCGAGCCGGAUGUUUGUGCGGAGACGCCGACGCCCGAGGGGGUGCUCGAGGGAAUCUUGGCUUUCCAGAAGAAGAGGCCCGAGAAGACGACAUGA